AUGGCGCUGGCCGCCCCCUCCGGGCCGGGCGCGGCCCCGCCGGCGGCGGCGGGCGAGACGAAGGUGAUCUACCACCUGGACGAGGAGGAGACGCCGUACCUGGUCAAGAUCCCGGUGCCCGCCGACCGCAUCACCCUCGGCCACGUCAAGGCCGCCCUGGCCCGCCCCGGCGCCAAGUACUUCUUCAAGAGCAUGGACCAGGACUUCGGGGUCGUGAAGGAGGAAAUCUCAGACGACAACGCCAAGCUCCCCUGCUUCAACGGCAGGGUCGUUUCCUGGCUUGUGUCUUCAGAGACUCCUCAGCCUGAACCUCUGCCUCCACCCCCUCCCAUAGAGGUACGGCCAGAACCUUCACCACCUCCACCACCCCUUCCUCCGCUGCCCGUGGAGCGGACGAGCGGCAUUGGGGAUUCCCGGCCCCCUUCUUUCCAUCCGAACAUUGCAGGCAGUCGCGAGAAUCUGGACCACGAAACAGAGCCAGAGUCGGUGGUGUCGCUCAGGAGGGAGAGGCCGCGCCGCAGGGAGAGCAUGGAGCAGGGAGGUGGGCACCGACUGAACGGACAGUCCCGGCUGGAGCGGCACCUUGCUGGCUACGAGAGCUCCUCCACUCUGCUCACCAGCGAACUGGAAACCACUAGUUUGUGUGACUCUGACGACGAUGACGCCAUGAGCAGGUUCAGCAACUCCACCGAGCAGAGCAGCGCCUCCCGCCUCCUGAAGCGCCACCGCAGGCGACGGAAGCAGCGCCCGCCCCGUCUCGAGCGGACCUCUUCUUUCAGCAGCGUCACCGACUCCACCAUGUCGCUCAACAUCAUCACAGUGACCCUGAAUAUGGAGAAGUACAACUUCUUGGGCAUCUCCAUCGUGGGGCAGAGCAAUGAGCGAGGAGACGGCGGCAUCUACAUCGGCUCGAUCAUGAAGGGCGGGGCAGUGGCGGCAGAUGGCAGGAUCGAGCCUGGGGACAUGCUGCUGCAGGUCAACGACAUCAAUUUUGAGAACAUGAGUAACGACGACGCCGUGAGAGUCUUGAGAGAAAUCGUCCACAAGCCAGGUCCGAUCGUGCUGACUGUGGCCAAGUGCUGGGACCCCUCCCCGCAAGGCUAUUUCACCCUCCCCAGAAAUGAACCGAUCCAGCCGAUUGACCCGGCGGCUUGGGUGUCCCACUCUGCCGCCCUGACGGGGGCCUUUGCCGCCUACCCGGGCAGCAGCUCCAUGAGCACCAUCACCUCCGGGACCUCCGUCACCGAGACCGAGCGUGAGUCCCCCCAUCCAGCUAUCGGGCCUCGGGAGGGAGGGAGACGCCCCCGUCCGUCCCCGGCAACCCGACUGCACGCCUUCCCGCCUUCCCCAGGCUCCGACGUGGUGGACUGGCUGUACCACCACGUGGAAGGGUUCCAGGACCGUCGGGAGGCCCGCAAGUACGCCAGCAACCUGCUGAAGGCCGGCUUCAUCCGGCACACGGUCAACAAGAUCACCUUCUCCGAGCAGUGCUACUACAUCUUUGGGGACUUCAGCGGCUGCGAGAACUAUAUGGCGAACCUCUCCCUGAACGACAACGACGGCUCCAGCGGGGCCUCUGACCAGGACACGCUGGCCCCUCUGCCCCUGCCGGGCACCACCCCGUGGCCCCUGAUGCCCACCUUCUCCUACCCGUAUCCAGCCCCUCACCCCUACAGCACUCAGCCCCCGCCUUACCACGAGCUGUCCUCCUACAGCUACGGCAUCGGAAGCGCCGGCAGUCAGCACAGCGAAGGGAGCCGGAGCAGUGGCUCCAACCGCAGCGACGGGGGUGGCGGCAGCGGCCGCGGGGCCGGCAAGCACCAGGAGGAGAAGGCGGGGGCGGAUUCCAAGUCGGGCAGCGGGAGUGAGUCCGAGUACUCGACCCGCAGCGGCGGGCCUCCCGGGGCUCCCCCGGUGCGUGACCUGGGCUCCGUGCCCCCCGAGCUGACGGCCAGCCGCCAGUCGUUCCACAUGGCCAUGGGCAACCCCAGCGAGUUUUUCGUUGACGUGAUGUGACGCGGGGGUCGCCCCCUGCUCCCCGCCCCCUGCUCCCCACCCGAAGUCUCCUGCCUGCACUUUGUGGGCUCCAGCCAUGGAGGUUUUGCAUCUCCCAGGCUGACCAAAAACUCGCUCGCUCGUGUCCAGGGACACGGCCCUGAGGUUACCUGACCCACACCCACACCCACUCUUCCAGUACCCCUGUCCUGUGCCUCACCCCGGCCUCCGGUUUUGCCUUAGAGCUCCGGCCACCCCAAGUAGCCUGGCGAGCUCCGUCCUUGGCCAGCAGAGGCGCCUGCCUCCAUGCAGUGGCGUGCCACGCGUGGCUUCCACUGCCCUCUCAGACCGCUUGGCCGAUGGUCCUCAGUUAAUCGCCUUCGACUGGCUCAGCCUCUGUAUCUUGAGCCUCUCUGCUCUUUUUUUUAAUAUCCCAAAGGCCCGCUUGGCCGCUCUUUAAUCGUGUGACUCAGGUCUCUGGAAUCACGUGACCUCUGCCUUCCCAUUUCCUGUCUGCCUUGACUUCGAAUGACCUCAGUGGAUUCUGGAUUCUGGCCUCCUGGGCUGCCGGGGCCCCGCGCCCACCCUUCCGGUACCAGAUCCCUCCGGCCUUCGGAUGUUGGACACACACCACAGCUGCCUGUCUCUUCCUUCUUCUGUCACACGGCCGGGCCUCUGUAGGGUUGUUGUGAUCAGGGAGGGCCCCCUUUGCCUUACUUAGUUAUCCGUCGCAGGACUUCCGCUUUAACUGUCUCCUCCUCCUCCCGUCUCAAGAAGCUGGGGGGGGGAGGGGGGUGAGAAGUUGAUCUUUGGUACUUCGGAUACCCCCUCCCUUUUCCUCCUCUCGAUGGUCACAAAACCGGUAUCAAUGAAGGUAGGAAUUCUGUUUGGGUUUUUGAACAAGUUUUUUUUUUUUAAGAACACCUUUUUUAAAAAAAAACAUGAUGUUUUCAAGGUUAAGUUGGUUCGCAUUUUUUUUUAAACUUCCUUUUGUAUAAAAGCCUUUCCCCCAAUAGCUCCCUUUUUUAACACUACAUUCCCUCCCCACCCCACCCCCCUGCCAACUGUAGUCUGCCUCUUUGCCUUUGAAGGGUCCAGAACCAAAGUCUCACUUGAAAAGGCUGACUCCAGAGUCACCCACUCGACACCCCCCCCCCCCUACAUGUGUCCCCUCCUUCUUCUUCUCUGGCGCCACGGGCUGCUUACUCCGCUGUUCUUUUUUGGGGACCAAGGUAACUCGGGGCCAAGUUCCAGCAUCACCAGCUCUGACCAACGACUUGAGGCAAUUGAUGUGGUUUAGGUACAGUCGGGACUCUUGGGAAUGGAAUUUGGUGUCUGCUAGAAUUUCGGGCCCGUGGUGGCUCAGGU